AUGCCAAGUUCAAAGGCCCAGCCAUUUCUGCUCUUCGCCAAGCGCCCCAAUGCCGCCGCAACAAGCUCUCUCCCUCUGACGAGCGCAAACGCAUCUAGGAACCGCAACAACGAAAAAGAGGGCCCUCCGCGAGCCGUGGAAAAGAUGCACGACGACGCCAAAAACUCGACCGGCCUCAGCAGUGACGAGCUGGCGGAAGCCCUCCGCAACCAUGUCCCCCAUUCGACAGAAGAGAAGAAGCUGAUUCGCAAGAUUGACACGUUCCUCAUGCCCGCUCUGUGGAUCAUGUACAUCCUCAACUACGUCGACCGCACCAAUAUUGGCAACGCCAAGAUAUCCGGCAUGGCUACGGAGCUUGACCUCGACGAGGGUCGCUACGCAUGGGUUCUUUCCAUCUUCUUUUUCGGCUAUCUCCUCUGCGAGGUGCCAUCCAACAUGAUUCUCAGCCGAAGCAAGCCUUCCAUCUUCCUGCCCACCCUUAUGCUCCUAUGGGGGGCUCUGAGUGCCCUAAUGGCAGUCUCCAAGACGUACCGGGCGCUGCUGGGCUUUCGGUUCGUCCUGGGAUGCGUCGAGGCAGGCUUCUUCCCCGGUGUUCUGUACUACCUAAGCUGCUGGUAUACCAAGGCCGAAUUAGGCAAGAGGUUCGGCAUCUUUUACACCGCCGCUGUGCUGUCGGGUGCUUUUGGCGGUCUUUUGGCGGGCGCCAUCACCGGCCGCCUGCACGAUGCGCAUGGCGUGGCCGGAUGGCGCUGGCUUUUCAUCGUCGAAGGCAGUGCCACCGUUUGCGUCGCCGCGGCGGCGUACUGCGUCCUGCUCGACUACCCGGGCACGUCGAAGCGCCUGGCGCCCCGGGAGCGGAGACUAGCCGCCAUCCGCAUCAUCCACGACGGCCUCGCCAACGACGGCCUCGCCAACGACGGCCGGAUGGGACCCUGGCAGGCCUUUGUGGCGGCCGUCUGCGACCCCCGAACGUACAUGUUUCUUCUGCUGUUCAUGAUGGACGCCGGAGCCGGCAGCAUCAGCUACUUCAUCCCCACAAUCACGCUCACGCUGGGGUACGAAUCCACCACGGCGCAGUACAUGACGGUGCCCAUCUACGCCGUGGCUGCCGUGUGCGUCAACCUGCUCGCGUGGUCGUCGGACCGGGCGGCCGAGCGGCGGUGGCACAUCGCCGCCGCGCUGGGCGUCGGCUUCGCCUGCAGCGCCGGCUGCGCCGCGGUGCAGAACCCCCUGGUGCGCUACAUGAUGCUCUGCCUCCUCGCGGCGGGCAUCUGGUCCGCCCUGCCGCUCGUGCUCUCCUGGACGAGCAGCACCAUCAGCCUGCCCGCCGAGAAGAGGGCCGUUGCGCUGGCCCUCGUCAACGCCGUCGGCAACCUGUCCAGCGUCUACGGCAGCCGCAUAUGGCCCGAGGAGGACAGGCCCGCGUUCCGCAUCGGGUUCGGCGUCACGGCUGCGUUCCUGGGAACAGCUGCCGCCCUGGCCGCUGCGAUUCCGCUCCUGUGCAGGGCGGUGGAUCGCCGGACGGCAGCGCAAAAUGCUGCCGAGGAGUAG